UAUGUGAAAGUGAGUUUUCAAGUUUUAGCUUCGCUGAUAACCCUCUUGAAAAUUAUAAUAUGUUUUUGAGUAUUUUACAUGACAUAUUAAUGACUUUUGACAAAAAGUGUUACUCGCACAAAAAACGGAAUUGUUCCAAAGCUGUUCCUUGGUGGAAUGCUGAUUGUGACCGCGUAGUUUUACAAGCCAAAGUUGCUUUAUUAUCGUACAAGCAUUAUCCAAAUAUGGAAAACUAUAUUAUUUUCAAAAAGCUGGACGCUUUGAAGAAAAGAACUUUAUAUGAAAUAAAACGUUCAAGCUGGAUGAAUCUUUGCUCAUCAUUCAAUCGAUUGACUUCGAGUAAAAUUAUUUGGGAUCACAUUCGUAGAUUUAAACACGCUAAACUCAAUCAUAUUUCUUCGUCUUCAAGUUUUUUUCAAAAUCCCGCUAAUGCAUCUUUGUUUUUGGACUCGAUAACUGGUUCUGAGAAUGAAAUUUCUGAAUCUAAGUUACAAGAUUUUUUUAACAGCCACGGAAAACCGGAGGCUCAAUGGAUGGUAGAUCCAUUCUCUAUGGGCGAAUUUGCGACUGCGUUAGAAAAUAAAAAGGAAACCUCCCCUGGUCCUGAUUUCAUCCCUUAUAAAGUAAUCAAAAAUCUUCCCCAGUAUGCUAAGGAAAUUUUAUGGCAAAUAUUUAAUGAUCUUUGGCAAAACAACUGUAUUCCUUCGAAAUACCAGCUUCUUCCAUUUGACUCCAUACAGAGGAGGGCCGUUCGGAUUGUCGAUAAUCCCAUUCUCACGGAUCGUUUGGAGCCUCUGGGUUUGCGGAGGGACUUCGGUUCCCUCUGUAUUUUGUACCGUAUGUUCCAUGGGGAGUGCUCUGAGGAAUUGUUCGAGAUGAUACCGGCAUCUCGUUUUUACCAUCGCACCGCCCGCCACCGGAGUAGAGUUCAUCCAUACUACCUGGAGCCACUGCGGUCAUCCACAGUGCGUUUCCAGAGGUCUUUUUUGCCACGUACCAUCCGGCUAUGGAAUGAGCUCCCCUCCACGGUGUUUCCCGAGCGCUAUGACAUGUCCUUCUUCAAACGAGGCUUGUGGAGAGUAUUAAACGGUAGGCAGCGGCUUGGCUCUGCCCCUGGCAUUGCUGAAGUCCAUGGGCGACGGUAACCACUCACCAUCAGGUGGGCCGUAUGCUCGUCUGCCUACAAGGGCAAUAAAAAAAAAAAAAAAAAAAAAUUGGAAAACUCAACAUGUAGUACCGAUUUUAAAGCUUUACAAGGAUCCCAACUGUAUCAAUUCUCACAGACCCAUUUCAUUAACUUCUUGUUUUUCGAAAAUUUUCGAAACUAUGUUAAAAAACAGGUUAGAGUGGUUUACUGAAAAUAACAACUUAAUACCAAGUACUCAAUACGGAUUUCGUAAAGGAUGUGGUAUUUUGGUCUACCCUAUUGCCUUGUUUCGAAUAUAACUUUCAUGACAUGUUGAGAGAUGUGGCUAUUGAUCUAAUCAAGUUUAAAUCUAAAAAUGAUUUUCUGGAGUUCCUUGAAGAUAAGACUGAUUUUGUUAAAGUGUAUACAGAUGGCUCUAAAACUAAAGAUAGAACUAGUUUUGCAUUUUUUGAUUCGUCCAUGAACAUAGGAUCAGUUUAUAAAUGUAGCAAUUUUUUCUCUGUUUUUUCGGCUGAAGUACUAGGCAUUAUAUAUGCUUUAGAGCACAUUCGAGUAAAUUACUCUGCAGGGGACAAAAUUUUAAUUCUAUCUGAUUCAAUGAGCGCCUUGCAAGCUCUUAAAAAUAAAUGUAUUAGUGCAUCUGUAAAUUAUUUAAUUUAUAAGUUAAGAAGUUGUUUGAGUUUUUUGUAUUUCAGAAAUAUAUUUGUUGAAUUUUGUUGGGUGCCAGGUCACUCUGGUAUUGUGGGUAAUGAAUUUGUUGAUAAAUUAGCGAAAUCUACAAAAGAUAUAAAUAUUUCCGAUUUUAAAGUUCCGUACUCAGAUUUAGUUUAUUCAAUUAAACAAAAUAUGAUGAAACGUUGGUCUAAUUACUUGUCUAAGUCCAGAGAAACGAAAGGUAAAUGGUUAGCUGAAAUAGUCCCAGUACCUAGUACUAAAUCUUGGUUUGAUAAUUUUAGAUUCUUCCCGGGAAGAGCCUUUAUAUCGAUUAUUUGUAGAUUACGUAUAGGCCACGGCCAUUUUCCUGCGCAUCUUUUUAGAUUAAAGUUAAGUGAAUCAGCUGCAUGUACUUAUUGUAACUCUGGCAUGUGUGAUCUAGAUCAUAUUUUUUGUAAUUGUCCUGAAUUCAAUCAACAGAGAUUAUUGUUUAAUGCAUUAUGUAAAGACACAGGCUUAAAAUCUAUUCCUAAUUCCAUUCAAGGUAUUUUAAAGCUUCCACAACUAUUCUCAAUAGUGUAUAAUUUUGUACUUCACACUAUAGGACGACUAUGAAUGUAUAAUUCAUGAAUGUAUCAUAGGUCUCCUGCUUAUGUGCAAGUUUAAUUAUUUUUUUAUAACGACUCAUGUUCUUUUUUGUUGUUUGUUGAAAGAAAACUUGUAUUUUUUUAUAGUAAGUUCUUGCAAUUCAUUUUGUCAUUAAUUUGUUGUUUUCAAUGAUUUGUAAUUGUUUCUUGGUUUGGUUUGUUUCUUUUAUUUGUGUUUUUAUUGUAAGUUCUAGUUCAUGUUCUAUUUUUUUGUAAAAUUAGCUUAAGCUGAUGGCCGUGUUGCCAAUGCUUUCAAUAAAUUAAAAAAAAAAAAAAAAAAAUCAACUAUAAUGCCUAAACUUUCUACGCGGUUUUAAUCGUGAAAAAAAAACAAUUAUAAAUCCUGAAGGAUCAAUUAAUUGCUGGAAAACUACAUGGAGAAUUAUAUGCAAUACAAGAUAAUGAGCUCCAUCAAAUGAAUUCGAAUGAAACCAAACUGUUUACCAUCCAAAUUCGAUUGUCGGGCAGAUAGAAAACGAAAAUUCACUCAUAGUGAACCUCGGCCUGCAUUUGUGAAACGGCAAAGACUCACUAUUAUCAAGGAAAUUGAAGAGACGACUAAAAAUGAGAUGUGUCGUAUUAUUAUACCUUUGCCAUCUUGUAGUCAAGAUGUCCAGCCACUUGAAAAUAGGUGUAGUAAUGACAAAGCUAUCCAAGUAGCUCCAGCACAGGAACACAAAGGCAAGGCAAGUGUGUAUUGCCACAUCACCCCUUAAUAUAUCUGAAGCAAGUAGAAGUAAAUCAGAACCAGCAAAAAAAAAAACUGUUGUUCCUGAGGACAAAUUUGACAGUGAUGAGUCAAAUGCACCAGCAACAGAAGGAUCAACUGUUGACUAUGGGUUAUAGAAGAAUAUUAAUUCAUAUUUAUUUAAAUUAAUAUUAAUGAAUAUUAAUUUAAAUUAUCGUGCAAAAUUCGUGGUCAAAACAUAUGUGUAUUUUAUAAAUAAAUAUUCAUUCUCAGUA